GCCCAAAGCAGCUAAAGAAUAUCUUCAAUUCAUGUCAAGGUUGGGGGUGCAAUCUUCUUAUCUACUGCAUAUGCUCAUAACCCAUUAUUUGGCAACUGUUCUCUGCUAUAUAUGUACCCCGCCGUCCCCGCAGCUAUUUAGCUGACUUCAUAUCUCUUUAUCAAAGGACAAUUUGAACCAAUACCAUACCUGUACAACCACAUUACACCAUGGGAAUAACACAUGUUGUCCAAUUCCAAUUCAAAUCCGACGUCUCCCCGGACGUGGUGAAAGAAAACUGCCACCGAAUGCUCGCAUUAGAACACACAUGCCUCCAUCCCGACACCCAGAAGCCCUAUCUCAAGUCCGUUACGGGCGGAAAGGAUAACUCUAUUGAGGGGAUUCAGAACGGCAUCACGCACGCAUUUGUAGUUGAGUUCGAGAAUGAUGCUGAUAGGCAGUAUUACUGUCACAAGGACCCUUCGCAUUUGGCGUUUGUGAAAGGUGUGGCUGAGUUGGUGGAGAAGGUUCAGGUGGUUGAUUUUACGCAUGGGAUUGUUGUUUGAUUGUAUUGUCUUGUCUAUGUGUCUAAAUAGAAUCGAGGUGGUUCAGCCGU